AGUAAUUCAAGCAAUAUAUGUUUAUAAUAAAUAUUCAAAGAAUAAAUACAAAAAUUUGAAUUAUGUGAAUGAAUUUGUUUAGUGAUUUGAUGUUUAGUGAUUACUAAAAUGUUCAAUAUCUAACUUAACAUAUAAUCAGUAGAAUAAUUUAUUUAUUUUUUGUAAUUCAAAUCACGUUGAUUGCAAUUGAAAAAAAUCUUAUCUACCUUAAAUAAACUUGAGAUCUGUAAUCAAACAUGGCAAGUACUUCUUCUGAUCAGAGCACUAUUGCUAAAAAGACAUGGGAAAUGUCAAAUAAUAUUGAAACAAUUAGCACUGUUGAUGAGAUCUAUAGAUAUGAUCGCAAAGAACAACAAGAUAUAUUAGCUGCAAAACCAUGGGAGAAAGACCCUCAUUUUUUUAAAGAUAUAAAGAUUUCUGCAUUAGCAUUAUUGAAAAUGGUUAUGCAUGCUCGUUCUGGAGGAACUUUAGAAGUAAUGGGUCUUCUGCUUGGGAAAGUUGCAGCGAAUACAAUGAUUGUUAUGGAUUCUUUUGCAUUGCCUGUGGAAGGCACAGAAACAAGAGUUAAUGCACAAGCACAAGCAUAUGAAUAUAUGACAGCAUAUAUAGAAGCAGCUAAACAAGUCGGAAGACAAGAAAAUGCUAUUGGAUGGUAUCAUAGUCAUCCUGGUUAUGGAUGCUGGUUAUCAGGUAUUGACGUAUCUACUCAAAUGCUGAAUCAAAAUUUUCAAGAACCAUUUGUUGCUAUUGUAAUUGAUCCUGUCAGAACAAUAUCUGCUGGCAAAGUUUGUUUGGGUGCAUUUAGAACCUAUCCAAAGGGAUAUAAACCAGCAAAUGAAGAACCAUCCGAAUAUCAAACAAUACCAUUGAAUAAGAUUGAAGAUUUUGGUGUUCAUUGCAAACAGUAUUAUUCUUUAGAAGUUUCUUAUUUUAAAUCAUCAUUAGAUAGAAGAUUACUAGAUUCUUUAUGGAAUAAAUACUGGGUGAAUACAUUAAGCUCGUCUAGUCUUCUAACAAAUGCUGAUUACACUACUGGACAAAUAUUCGAUUUGUCAGAUAAGCUUGAACAAUCAGAGGUUGCACUUGGAAGAGGAUUUAUUUUAGGUGGAACAGAUCCUCAUGAUCGCAGUACUGUAGAAAAGUUAAUGAAAGCAACAAGAGAUAGCUGUAAGACUACUAUUGAAAUUAUUCACGGAUUAAUGGCACAAAUAAUCAAAGACAGAUUAUUCAAUCAAGUUGGAUGUAACCCUAUUGAGUCUCAGCAAUAAUAAAUCAUAUUUACAUAUUACACGUAAUAAUUAUAAUAAAAAAAAUGAUAUAUGUAAAAUGUAAUUAAUAAUAAGGAACAUUUUUGAUUAAAAUAUAA